CUUUCUUGCCAGCCCAUGGUAUUAUAUAUCACUCUCGUGGCACCGUGGCUCCUGUACUGCUUAAUUUGCUGCCCAUUCACGCACAGGCUGGUUUAGUUUGGUGAUCAGAUCGCAAUCACAGCUCCGAUCCACACCUCCAUUCUCCUAGCUCCCCUGCGUAGAGGCUGCCGGUCCUUAAUUUGAAGAGAGAACAGGAAAGGAGAGAAAGAUGACCAGCGUUUGGAAGACCAAGGUUCUGCCUGGCCUCAACAAGAUCUUCGACAAGGAUGGCAAGAAGGCGGCGGCGGCCGAGUUCUUCAAGUCCUUCAACAAGGAGGAGAUUGGCAAGGAGAUCGAGGACAAGAAGGCAGAGCUGGAGCCCAAGGUCGCGGAGGCUUAUGAAGCAUCUCCUCCUCAAGUUAAGGCUCUGUUCAAGGACAAGAAACCAGUCAAGAUCAGCAAGAAGAACUCGGCUGCAGCUACCAAGUUCCUCGACGAGCUGGCUAAGAUUGAGUUCCCUGGAGCGAAGCUGGUGAGCGACGCGGUGGCCAAGUCCGGCACCACGCCCCUCUCCCCGGCGAUCACCUUCGUCUUGGACAAGGUUGCGCCGUUCAUCCCCAAGGAGGAGCCCAAGGCCGAGCCGGAGGCCGCCGCCGCGGCUGAGGCCACCUCCCGGGAAGUCGCCGUGGAGGAGAAGAAGGAGGAGGCCGAGCCGGCCGCUGCGGCGACGGAGGAGGCAGCUGCGCCGGCACCGGCGGAGGCGGUAGAGGAGAAGAAGGAGGAGGAGAAGCCGGCGGAAGCCGCGGCGGCGCCACCCGCUGAGGAGGAGAAGAAGUGAUGAUCGGUCGACGACACUGAAUGAAGAAGCUAAGCAAGCAAAUUAAUUGCUGGUAAAUUAAAAAGUUACCGUGAGAUUAAAUUAAAUUACUCUCCUGUCAAUCAACCACGUCGUAUAGUAGCUGCUGCGUGCACAAAUUAAGUGAUGAUUAAGUAAGUUACACAGCACAUAAACCUAGCUGCUUCGUUCAAUUUGCUGCAUAUAUGGGUGGACUUGAUGCAUGAACAUUUGUUAUUCUUUUGUGUCACCUCGAUCGAUGGAUGGAUGGAUGGACCUUCUUCUGUAAAUUUGUAAUGUGGGGUUUUCUCUUUCUUGUUUUUUUUUCUUGAUUUGGGGUGAUUAAACGUGCACAUGUAAUUAUCUAUAUUGAUAUACAUGUUUGUUGGUGGUCAUCAUAUUUAAGAAAACAACGAACUCGAUCGAUCUUGUGUA